AUGGCUGGCGUAGUCGUAUGUGUCAGCGGCCUGCCCGGGGCUAUGGGCCACGAGGUGUCCCAGGCCUGCAUCCGUCGAGGUAUGACCCUGGCUCCCGUGGGCCUCACGGGCCCUGGCAUGCCAGGCCAGUGCGAGGUCGUGGAGGCUGGCAGCUACCCGGUGAAGCUUGUUGGUUCAGAUCAACCAGCCGCGCAGAAGCAAGCUCUGGAGGAGCUGAAGGCAGCGCAUGGGGAUAAGCUGGUCAUCAUCGAUUUCACCCACCCGAGUGCUGUGAAUGCCAACGCUGAGCUCUACGCCGCAGCUGGCGUCAAUUUUGUUUUCGGCACGACCGGUGGGGACCGCGAUGCGCUGAUGAAAUCCACUGAGCAGAGCGGCGUCUACGCGGUCAUCGCGCCAAACAUGGGCAAACAGAUCGUCGCGCUGCAGGCCACGAUGGAAAGGAUGGCAAGAGACUUCCCUGGUGCCUUUGCAGGCUACAAGUUGGAAGUCACUGAGUCCCAUCAGAAGACGAAGGCCGACACUAGCGGCACGGCCAAGGACAUUGUCAAGUCCUUUCAAGGACUUGGUGUGGAUGCUUUCAGUCACGAACAGAUCACCAAGCUUCGGGACGACGCCUCCCAGAGGGCAUUUGGGGUACCAGAGGAGUUCGCCAACGGCCACGCCUUUCACACGUACACGCUCACAAGCAGCGAUGGAUCGGUUCAGUUCCAAUUUAAGCACAAUGUGUGCGGCCGCCGCACAUACGGAGAAGGGGUUGCUGAUGCAGUCCAAUUCAUCGCCAGCAAGGCGAUGGAAAAAUCAUCCAAGAAGGUUUACAACAUGAUCGACAUUCUGGAGGCCGCCAGUCAGCCAUCAUACUUCGAAUCGCACCGCUGCCUGGACUCCUGUUGA